AUGGGAGUGGUUCGUCUUCCAACAAUUAAACCUGAUAGCAGACACUGGCUCAGAUCAACCUAUAACUUCAAAUUUCCCAAUAUUAAAGAUGCAGUAAAACUUUGGACAAGUAGAGUGUGGUCUAUGUAUAGCUGGUGCCAGAGCUGCAUAGCCCAGAGUUUAGAAGUCUUGAAAAAUACCCUCUUUCCAUCCCGUGUCUACCACCAAGAGCUUCACAGUUUAAAACAACGGUUUUGCAUUUUGGAAAGCGAAUUCUGCAAACUCCAGGAAACACUGAAGGCCUUCUCAGAAAACUCUUCUUGUCCAAGGUGUACUCCACCGUGUCAUUUGAGUGGGAAACUUACAAAUACGCCAGCCUGCCCUCCAACCCCCGUUGGAGAAUCUCAAGCUGUACUUCCUCCCACAUUGACCCAACCAGCCAACCAUCUUCCUCCUCCUCCACCACCGCCUUCACCUCCUCCUCCUCCUCCACCAAUGGCCCCACUGCUGCUCAGAAAAGCUGAUUGCACUAAAUCACUUCAGGCUGGACCAGUAAAAAGAGAUGGACCCAUGCAGAUAACAGUUAAAGAUCUACUAACUGUGAAAUUAAAGAAGACACAAAGUUUUGAUGAAAGGAAGAAGCUUAUACCGUCACCGAAGGCACAGAAUCCCUUAGUCUCUGUUUCUGACCUGCAACGUGUUACCCUGAAACCAAACUCCCAAGUGCUAUCAACUCGAGUUACAAAUGUCUUCAUAACUCCUGGUAAAACCCAGCUGGAUCUACGGAAACUACUUAGAAAAGUUGACGUAGAGAGAAGUCCAGGUGGAACACCUCUUACCAAUAAAGAAAAUAUGGAAACAGGAACUGGACUGACCCCAGUAAUGACACGGGCCUUACGAAGAAAGUUCCAGCUGGCUCAUCCCAGAAGCCCAACUCCAAUUUUGCCACCUACUUCAAGCAGCUUUGAUGAACAAAACUGAUAACAACUCGGCCUGACUCCAGGUGAAGCUCCAUAAGCCAUAACGAGAAAAACCACUCCAAAUCUUUUUUGUUUGUUUCUUUUUGAGGGUAUGGAAAAAUUA